GCCAGCGCGCGCUCCAAGAUGGCGGCGGCCAGUGCAGCAGGGCCGCCUACGAACGUGUUCCCAUUCCGCGAUGCCCGCGCCGCGCCGGAUCCGGUGUUGGAGGCCGGUCCGGUGGCGCACGGGCCACUGCCGGUGCCUCUGGUGCUGGACAACGGGUCGUUCCAGGCCCGCGCAGGCUGGGCUUGCCCCGGGUCGGACCCGGGCCCCGAGCCCCGGCUGCAGUUCCGCGCCGUGUGCGCCCGCGGGCGGGGCGGGGCUCGGGGCGGGGCGGGUCCGCAGGUAGGCAACGCGCUGGGCAGCCUGGAGCCGCUGCGCUGGAUGCUGCGAUCGCCCUUCGACCGCAACGUGCCGGUGAACCUGGAGCUGCAGGAGCUGCUGCUUGACUACAGCUUCCAGCAUCUGGGUGUCUCCUCACAGGGCUGUGUCGAUCAUCCCAUAGUUUUGACAGAAGCCGUGUGCAACCCAUUGUAUUCACGACAGAUGAUGUCCGAGCUUCUCUUUGAGUGCUAUGGGAUUCCUACGGUUGCCUAUGGAAUAGACAGCCUCUUCAGCUUCUACCACAAUAAUCCAAAGAACUUGAUUUCCAGCGGGCUCAUCAUUUCAUCUGGAUACCAGUGUACACAUAUUUUACCCAUCUUAGAAGGGAGGUUGGAUGCUAAAAACUGCAAACGCAUCAACCUGGGAGGAAGCCAAGCAACUGGCUACCUCCAGCGUCUCCUGCAGCUGAAGUAUCCUGGGCACCUGGCAGCCAUCACUCUCAGCCGCAUGGAGGAGAUCCUGCACGAGCACAGCUACAUCGCUGAGGAUUAUGUGGAAGAAUUGCAGAAAUGGCGGUGCCCCGAUUACUAUGAGAACAAUGUCCACAAGAUGCAGCUCCCAUUUUCCAGCAAGCUCCUGGGCAGCACCCUGACGUCCGAGGAGAAGCAGGAGAGGCGGCAGCAGCAACUGCGGCGGCUGCAGGAGCUGAACGCGCGGCGGCGGGAGGAGAAGCUGCAGCUGGAUCAGGAGCGGCUGGACCGGCUGCUCUACGUGCAGGAGCUCCUAGAGGAUGGCCAGAUGGAUCAGUUUCACAAGGCCCUGAUAGAGCUGAACAUGGACUCCCCGGAAGAGCUGCAGUCCUACAUACAGAAGCUCAGUGCCGCAGUGGAGCAGGCGAAGCAGAAGAUCCUUCAAGCAGAAGCCAGCCUCGAGGUGGACGUGGUGGACAGCAAGCCAGAGACCCCUGACCUGGGGCAGCUCGAACCGUCUCUGGAAGACGUGGAAAACAUCAACGAUUUCGAGCCCUUGUUUUCGGAGGAAACGCCCGAAGUGGAGAAGCCGGUGACCACGGUCCAGCCCGUGUUUAACUUGGCAGCAUAUCAUCAGCUGUUUGUUGGGACAGAAAGAAUUCGAGCUCCAGAAAUUAUCUUCCAGCCGUCUCUCAUCGGGGAGGAGCAGGCCGGCAUAGCUGAGACACUCCAGUACAUUCUGGACAGGUUCAGCUGGCCUCGAACCCUGUGCUGGACGCCUGGUACGGUGCUCGCGACUGGGCCUUGGACCACCUGGACAACGAGGACGUCUGGAUCACCAGGAAGGAAUAUGAAGAGAAGGGAGGAGGCUACCUCAAGGAGCACUGUGCUUCCAACGUGUACGUCCCCAUCCGCCUGCCCAAGCAGGCCUCGCGCGCCACGGAAGCCCAGGCAUCCGGCAAAGGCUCGGCGGCCAGCGGAGGCGGGCCCGGCGAGCAGGCGUAGUACAGGGGCCCCUCCAGGGACCUUGGGCCACGUCGGCCAGUGUGACAGGACGGUGACUCUGCCAGCUGUGUCCAGCCCGAGUCUGCUGGGAACAUUUGGCUGCAAGAUGGAUUUCUCCUGGGGAGAACAGUUUAGCGCCACUGGGAGUUACCCUCUGCAACUGUGUUCUUUUGGGGGCGUUGGCGGUGAAGGGACUUUAGGUGGCCUGCUGUCUUUGCUGAGCCAUGGAUGAGCCGUGGCCUUCACUUCCCGCAGCAGUGAAUGAAGACAGGGUGGGGGACGGAGGUGUGCAGUCUGCACAGGCUUCCUUCUUACCACAUUUUAAAGCCUUUCUUGUUUUUUUUUUUAAAAUCCUUUAAAUUUUAUAUUGUCAGUGUA